AUGCAGAAAAGGGAGGAAGAGCGCAAAGGCGAGAGAGAGAAGAGAGAAGCAGUUGGUGCUGCGGUAUCCAAGGGCCCGCCUGGUCCGCAGGAGACGGUGAGAGGCUGUGGCGAGAGCGUCAGACAAGGCGGCAGUUGCAGAGGCGAAGAGAGAAGAGAGGAUUUCCUCUUCUCCCUCGUCCAUGGCGACGAUCUGUCUCCGCUCUCGCCGAGCAGCCGGGAGCCGAAACGGUCCGUCUCCUCUGCCACAUUUUUCGCCCCUUCUACCACUUUCUCUUUUUUCUUUUUCCCUUCGUCCCCCUCUUUCGCUUCUUCUCUGGUUUCUUCCUCUUCUCCCUUUUCCUCUUCUCGGUUGAACGCGACUCACCAAGACUUGCCUGCGCUGGCUCCUCCCGGCGGCGACCCGCCUGCUGACCUCUCCUCUUCCUCUCCCGGAUUUCUCUCUGUGGAAGUGGACAACUUCGAGCCUUCCCCCGCGUACCUUCCGCCGCGUCUGCCGGUGCCGAUGCACACCUUCCGCCCCCACCCUGCGCGUCAGCCCGGCGCCGCGGCUUCGCUCUUACCCCCCAUCGCCCCAGGUGUCUCUCCAGCUCCGCGUCUCGCGCGGGCGGAGGCGCGCUAUCAGCGUCUCUCGCCGAUUAAAACGCGGCGCGUCCUGGCAGAGAUCAAGGGUAUGUCGAUCGGGCGAGCUCUCGCGCACCUUGCCACCUCUCCGCGGCGGCCUGCCUUCCAGGUCUUCAAGACGAUUCAGUCUGCGCUUGCAAACGCGAUUCACGCUUUUGGAGCAGAGACGCUCCAACCGAGAAUCAAAUCCAUCACCGCCAACAACGGCCCAGUGAUGAAACGCCCGUUCUUCAGAGCCAGAGGCAAGAUGGACAUCCUGAGGCGUCCCACGACGCACAUCCGAGUGAUUCUCGAAGUCUGA